AAGUUGUCAACACUGACUAUUGGAAACGUGCUCGUGUUGCUUCCAUUUUUAACUCUCUUUCGCAGGUUAAGUUCCUGCCGUCAUCAUGAAACUCAACAUAUCGUUCCCCGCGACCGGGGCUCAAAAACUGAUCGAGGUUGUUGACGAACACAAGAUUCGUAUUUUUUACGAAAAACGUAUGGGGGCGGAAGUUGAAGCUGAUCAACUUGGAGAUGAGUGGAAAGGUUAUGUUUUGAGAAUUGCUGGAGGCAACGAUAAACAAGGUUUCCCUAUGAAACAAGGUGUCCUUACUAACGCUCGAGUCCGCCUGUUACUUUCAAAAGGUCAUUCUUGUUACCGUCCACGUCGUACUGGUGAGCGUAAACGUAAAUCUGUGCGAGGAUGCAUCGUUGAUGGUAACUUGAGUGUUUUGGCGUUGGUUGUUGCCCGCAAAGGUGAAUCUGAAAUUCCUGGAUUGACCGAUACUCAAGUGCCCAGAAGAUUAGGGCCUAAGCGAGCUUCGAGAAUCCGUAAACUCUACAACUUGAGCAAAGAGGAUGAUGUGCGCCAAUAUGUCAUCAAGCGCCCAUUACCCCUUAAAGAGGGCAAGACAAAACAACGGUACAAGGCACCGAAAAUUCAACGUUUAAUCACUCCAACUGUAUUACAACGCAAACGUCAUAGGUUAGCUUUGAAGAAGAAACGUUGCUUGAAACGUAAAGAACAAGCUGAUAACUACGCCAAGUUGCUGGCUCAACGUAAAAAGGAAUCCAAAGCACGUAGAGAUGAACUAAUUAAAAGACGCCGCUCUGCUAGCAAGAGCAGCACUCAAAGUUCUAUUAAGUAAACUUAUUUGUUAUACUUACAAGGUGAAUAAAUAUUCUUUGAAAUAUUA